AUGGCUGACAAGGCUCCCGUUACGGUGCGCACGCGCAAAUUUCUUCGCAAUACUCUAUUGGCUCGCCGCCAAAUGGUGGUAGAGGUGAUCCACCCUGGCCGCCCUAACGUCCCCAAGGCUGAGCUUCAGGAAAAGAUUGCCAAGAUGUACAAGGUGAAGGAUGCCAACACUGUUUUUCUUUAUGGCUUCCGCACGCAAUUCGGUGGUGGCAAGAGCUCGGGUUUCGGGCUCGUAUAUGACACGGUGAAUGACGCCAAGCGCUUCGAGCCCAAAUACCGUUUGAUUCGUCAGGGUCUAGUUGAGAAGGUUGAGACGUCGCGCAAACAGAUUAAGGAAGCCAAGAACCGCGGCAAGAAGAUCCGUGGUGUUGGUCGUCGUAUUGCCCGCCACAAGGCUGCUAAGGCCAACAAGUAG